AUGAGCCAGGACGUUUUAGAGUUAGUGCAAUGGGCUAAAUCUAACGGUGCACAGAUUCCAGAUCAAAUAGAGUUUGUCCGUGAUGAAUCUAAAGGUAUAUGUGCCAUUUGUAAAGAGGAUUUGCAAGACGUGAAGAUCCAGAUUCCUUCUAGUAUUAUAAUAGAUAGACAGGAUGCAAGGGAUGAAUUUGCACCCAGAUUUGAUGGCGAUAAUACAGGUUUAAAAUUUCUAAUUUCAUUUUGGAAACUGCAAGAUAAUGCCAAAUUUGGACCAUAUUUAAGAAACUUACCAUUAAAAUUGGAUUCUGCAUUAGUUUGGAACCCAAAUGAAUGGCAGCUGUUAAGGGGGACAAACUUGGGUAAUUCUAUUAGGGAAAAAUUGUCAACGAUUUAUUCGGAAUGGAUCACUUGGAUCAAAGAUCGUGGAUUGCCAAACGAUUCGUUGAAUUUUGAUGAAAUUAACGAUCAACAACUAUACCAAAAUUUUCUGGAACCUGCCUCUAAGGGUCAAUUCGAUUCCUGGAGCUCUUUUCCUGCAUUCCUCUGGUCACAUCUAAUUUUACUUUCAAGAGCCUUCCCAGAGUACAUUAUUCAUCCUCAAUGUCAUGAAGGUUCAGUGAUUUUAUUACCAUUACUAGACCUUUUGAACCACGAUGCACAUUCAAAAGUGCAAUGGUAUAGUGAAGGGGAAGCAUUCUGUUUAGAAAAGAAUGGUGGUGUCGCUAAAGGUCAGGAAUUGUUUAAUAACUAUGGAGCAAAAGGAAAUGAAGAGCUAUUAGCUGGAUACGGGUUUGUGCAAGAGGAUAACGAAUUCGAUUAUGUAGCUCUAAAGAUUAAGCUUCCGCUAAAUACCAUUGAAAGCAUAUUGGAAAAUGAACCUCGUAUUCAAUUGCCCACAUUGGAUGAUUAUACUACAUUUGCAUUUGAAAAAUCCACUGAGAAGAAGAAAGAUAAAACGGAUCCAUCAUAUUUCGAAGAUGGUAUUAGAUUCUUUAUUAAUACUCAAAAUGCAAACUGUUUGAAUCCUUUGCUCGACCUUUUUUCAUACUUGUCUAAAACAGAUGGUACUGAAAAUUGGACCGAUUUAAGACCAAGGUUACAAGGUUUACAAUCAUUGAGAGCUGCAUUAAAACUGAAGCAAGAUCAAGCAUCUGUAUCACCACAAGGAUUGGAGCAUUCUGACGCUAUAAAUUCUUAUAGGGAGCAUUGUGCUCGGGUAUACCGCCAAGGCCAACUACACGUUUUGAAACACGCGAUUUCAUCCUUAAAACAAUUGGAAAAAGAUCUAUUGACUCAGAAUAAGCACCAGCUACUGAAUCUGAAGAAAAUCCUCAAGGACGAUCCAAAGUUUAUCCAGGAAGAGCUACCAAAAUUUUUCCACGAUAAAGAUCAAGAUGAAGUUUCCUUCGAUGACACUUUUGAGUUACUUGUGCUUUGGGUGUUGGCUAAAUGUAAGAACGGUUCAUUCCAAGCAAAACACGAAUGGGUAGAAAAGCAAUUCAAGGCAUCCAUGGGUAAGAAACACACAGUUUCGGAAGAAGCUGAAUCGCUGUACUCGCAUUUUUUCCCCCAGAAUCAAACUAGGACCACAAAAAUCACUUUACAAGAACUGAGCGAUGCAUACAAUUUCGUAAUAACCAAUUCAUUUACACGAUCAGCUUCCUCGUCUAGUGAAACUAUACUCGUUCAAUCAGCAUGA